CCAUGGGUAAUAUUCAAAUAUUCACCCACCAGCACCACCUGUUUCAGAGUGCUGUCUGUACUUAGAUAUGGGCUGAGGCUGAUCUUGUGUGAGCCUUAAAAACCCCUUAGGAGCACUUUAAAAUGACUUAAAAGAGUUAAUAUCAAACAUUUUGUGAUGAUCUCUGGUGAUUUUGGGAAUGUAAAACCACAACAUUUGCUCACACACAGCCUUCCUUACAGUAUUAAUCCAAACCAUAAUUGAACUUAGUUUAAGAUUUAUGUGUGUCAGCAGUUUUGUUGCAUGGCUGUGCAGACCUGCUGAUAUGAAGCUUUAUGUAAUCUAAGACACCAUAGGAAUGUGUGCAUCACAGAGUGAAUCAGUCUUUGUGACAUGUCUCACAUUCUAACUUGAAGAGAGAGGAGGAGGCGACGGCGGCUGUCUUGUUUUUCACAGACCUGAGCUGGUUGUUAACGGUAAUCAGAUCUACUUGGGAAAGUGAAUGAAGUGAAUCCCCUCAGGGUGUUUGUGUGUGUGUGGGUGGGGGCAACAACAAUGUAGAGUAGGGGUUCUGCUUUUUUUUUUUUUAUUCUGAUUUUCUGUUGACAUGUACAAACUGAGCCCUUGUGACCCAAAUACUUUCCCUCCAGACCCCUUUACCUGUGAUUUCUGGUAUUACAGACUGACUUACCAGAUAUCAUAGGACCAUUGUCAUGUUGUGGUUUUGCCUCGAGUGCUUAGGGAUAAAGAGGCUGUUAUUCUGAUUUGAAUAGUAAUUUCCAAAGUACCUGCAGCGGAGCAGGUUGGGACAGUUCAUGUAAAGAUCGCAGUGGGUAACUUCUGUCACAAAUCUUGUACAAAGUGCCGUUCAGUAUGUGCACGGUGAGGAUGUGUUCACUGCUAUACUGUGUCUGACAUUUCAUACCAGUCCUCAUCCUUGUGACGCUAACAAACUCGUAGAGUGUAUCCAUGCAUAACUGGUGCGCCACGGCGGCACUGCCCGUGUUUACACAUCAAUAAUGCAUAAAGUUAAGUGUAAGAAUACAGCAGGUCAGCAAACCCUGGGAAGAGGAGAUAAGGUUUCCUAACUGUAUGUCUGAUUGCUCCAAAACAAAGAGGCACCUUCUCAGCUUAUACUUAAAUUUCUUUUCCAUGGGUGUUUGGGUUGUGCGUUUUUUUCUCUUGGUUGUCCUUUUUUGAAGGCGCCAUUCAGGUUACACAUUUAAUCCAAAAAUGCUUUUCUCAGUCUGUUUAGGUGGGGACUUGGAAGAGAAAAGAGGCAAAGUUAAUACUUUUUCUGAAUAUAUAUUUUUGUAUCUGAGUGAGAAUAGUAGGCUUUGUUGGUUUUCCAAGACAAAGUGCUACAGCUCUUGUAGUUAGUCAACUCUGUGGCUACUGGUGUGUAAUACAGUAUAUUUACAGAUUUAGCACCUGACUAGUCACACACCUCAGUGCUCUGUUCCUAGUCUCUGUAUGCAGUGCAACAUCAUCUUUCAUCAUUUUUGUUUCAUAGUCAUAUACAGUGCAUUCAAAAAGCUUUCACUUUUUUCACAUUUUUUUAUAUUGCAGCUUAUGUUGUGAAUUUUCUCAUCAUCAAUCUGCACUCAAUACCCCGUAGUAACAAAGUGAAAACACAAUUUUAGAAGUUUUUGCUAAUUUAUUAAAAGGGAUAAAUGGAAAUAUCACAUUGGUGUAAGUAUUCAGACCCUUUGAUGUGACACUUAACAUGUAGCUCAGGUGCCAUUUCUCUUGAUCAUCUUUGAGAUAUUUCUACACCUUGAUUGGAGUCCAGCUGCAGUCAAUUCAGCUGAUUGGCCAUGAUUUGGAAAGGCACCAGUCUGCAAAAGAUCUCACAGCUGAAGAUGCACAUCAGAGUAAAAACCAAGACAUGAGGAGGAAGGAAUUGCCUGCAGAGCACAGAGACAGGAUUGUGUUGAGGCACAGAAAAGGGCAAGGCUACAAAAAGAAAAUUCUGCUGCAUUGAAGGUUCCCAAGAGCUUGGAGGCCUCCAUAAGUCUUAGAUGUGUGGAAGUGUGGAACAGCCAGGACUCCUGCUAGAGCUCGCUGCGCGCCCAGGCUGAGCAAUUGGGAGAGAGGUGACAAAUCCUGUGGGGAAUCAUUUGAAUUUACCACAGGUUGGACUCCAAUCCAGGUGGAGAAACAAAUCAAAGAUAAUUAAUGGGCGGGACCUGAGCUACAUAUCAAGUGUCAUAGCGGUGUCUCAAUUCUCGAUAUGAAUCAUGAAUUUGCAAAAACAUCUAAAAUUCAGUGUCUGCCUUGUCUUUAUGGGGAGUUGAGUGUAGAUUGACGAGGGGGAAAAUUUAAUUUUAGCAUAAAGCAGCAACAUAACAAAACGUGGAAAAAGUGAAGGGGUCUGAAUACUGCAUGCGACACCAAAUAUUGAACCCUUUAUGUUUACUUAUAGUAACUAAUCCAAACUACAACAUCCCGAGACUGCGGUACAAGUACACUACAGUGUGCUGUCUGUCUGUCUGUCUGUCUGUCUGUCUGUCUGUCUGUCUGUCUGUCUGUCUGUUGUUGGCUCCUGUGCAGCAGAGCCGCGUUGCUGCCGCCGCUGCCUACGUCAGAGCUGGUACUGCGGCGCAGUGUCUGGCUGCAGCAUGGUGGGACGAAUGCGCAGAAGGAUGCGGUACGGCUUGAAAAAAGUUUAAAGAUGCUGCACCAAGCGGCGGACUUUGCAUGGCUAAAAUAGAGCUGCAACCAAGACAUCGACUCCUCCUGUGCAUCAGAUGUUAAGACUGUUUUCCUCUGGCUGCGUCAACACACCGGCCUACGCGUUAAAGUCCGCUGUCACUCCACCUGCAUGAUCUGUGAGCCAGUCACACCAUCUCUUUCUUGCGGCUUGAAUCUCACAUCUCUCCACCUCCAUUUGUCCUCCGUGCAGCCUGCAGGAUGAACUUCAAGAACUUGAGGGAGUACCUGGCCUGGCUGUACUACCAGUACCUGCUCAUCACUGGCAUCUAUGUCCUGGAGCCCUGGGAAAAGUCAAUUUUCAACUCCAUCCUCUUCUCCGCCAUCGCCAUGGUGAUCUACACCUCAUAUGUGUUUGUGCCCAUCCAUGUACGCCUUGCACUGGAGUUUUUCUCCGGGAUCUUUGGCGGCCAGCCCGAGAGCACCAUGGCGCUCAUGAACUAAAAGGAGAAGAGACCAUGGAGGGCAAAGAGGCAGCGACUGGGUGGAUUAGCAUGAGUCCCCAAAUCAUUUCCUAUAACUCAACUCAUCAGGUCCCAGAGCACCUUGAGCCCGUCUUUACAUCACAUGCAUCCCAAACCACAGCGGUCAGUCACCUCAGCUAAUCAAGACUGAAAACAUGAAGAUCUUAAUGGAAUGAUCUGGAGAGCAGAGCCUUACUAUCUUCUUUACAUCCCAAACCCUCUGGCCUUACCCCAUGGUAUUAGACACACGGCUGUACAUUACUUUCACACCCUCGCUGUGAAACGUCUUGUGAAAUGUUGUUCGUCAUUGUUUAUUUUUUUCUCACCAUGUGUCCUGUGUGAGUGCAUACCACUUCUCGGUUUUGCAUGAUAGGAUCAUACAUUAGCAGUAGAUUUGCAUGCUCAUCUCACUAUAAGAUACUACUAGACACUCUUCUCUCCAUCGUGACUUUUGAGCUACAGUCUUUAAAGCGGCAUUCCAGCGAUUUAGCUUGUCACUUUCAUACAAUUUGGGGAUUAGGGGUUAGAGACAGAUUAAAAGUAGAGUGGUCUUAAUCUAAGCGUCGAGGCUGAGAUCCCGAUUUUUAAUCUCAAGUAAAAAAAACAAAACUGGAUCCUACAUUUCCCUUAAUACAACUCAAUAGGAUCUUUUGGUAGAUCCUCACUGACAGGUUAAUACCCACAUCUAUUAAAUCCAAGAUCCCAAGUUUGCAACAGAGCCUCUCUAAAAAUGUAUAGGCUCCACGCCCCAAGCUGAGAUAACACUGUUGACAUUAAUUGGAUCAUUUUUCUGACUGUGACUCAGUCCAAAAUCACGAUAGUGCACUUAUGUUUCUGCCAUCGUAUAGUGUCUGAAUUCUGAGUGUGAAACUCAUGCACUAUAUAGUGCCGUUCAAAGAUCCAACAAUGGGACAAACAAAGUAGUGUCCAAGGCAUUUACUCAACUUUCUGUUAACAAUCCCACAAUGCAAUGUAGGGCUGUCAGUGACGAUGCAAAUGACAGAGAAUCAUAAAUGUCUGCAUCUCUAUUAACUUCUCACUCCACAGUAAGCUAUUGAGUAUCUUUUAUACAGGGAGUAGUGAAUAAGUGAAUGGGGGAGUGAUUUAUAGACACAGCUUCCUUCAGAGAAGACAUGAGACAGUUGGAGUGCCCCUUUAAGUAUGCGUGUCUGUUUAUCUGCUCCAUCUUUGACGCCAUGUUAACACUGAUUGCAACUCACCCUCACCCACUACUCAUCCCAACAUUUCUGACAUACACUUAAAUGUUACUGGUUGAUCUAUGGUUUUGUAUCAGAACCACUAUCACCUUUUUAUAGUUGUCUUUAUGCACUGUAAUUCUGACUGGCAGGCUACAUUGCAUAUUUCAUUGUGCAAUGAAAGAGAGAGAGAGAGUUGAUUGAAAAGCCCAAGCUAUACAAUGAAGCUAAAAGUGUCACGAUCAAGGAUGUGCUACACAAUGUUGAAGGUUUGUACCAGGCCUACAUUUGCCGGUUUACUGGUCAAAAUGAGUAAUGUAACGAAAUAACAGCAUCAUUGUGUGCCGAACCCUCUCUUUAUCUCCUGUUUUUUAACUGGUGGUAUGUUGGGAAGGUGUGUUCAGCACUGAGCAUAAGCAAAUAUUGGUACAGCAAACCUUUUGUGUUUUAGGCUUGCCUGUUGUUAAUGAAGGCUUUACUCAAUCAACAGCCUCUGAACUCAAAGCAGUACUGUGUGAAGUCAAAUGCAAAAUGCAGUCAAAUUGGCCUGAAUGAAAAGAAAAAAGCCUGACUGGUCGACCAAAUACAGUUUUCCUUACCUAUAGUUGAUCUGUAGAGGAUGGACCAUAGAGAGAAUGAGUUGUUGUGUAUCUGAUAGUGGUGAUGAGCAUUGCAUUUAGUUGUGUGCUUAAGAUAAUUUUUGAUAAUUUGUGCUUUGGGUCAAGGGCUUGCUGAUUAGUCUGAACAUGAUCUCUAAGUUAACCUUAUUUAUAUGGAGUUAUAUAUUUAUAUAUACUGGUAAAUGCUUGGCUGGUUACAAUGUCAAUUACCAAACUUUUUUUUGAUUAUUUAUAUCUGUGUUCUCUUGUGGCCAUAAAUUACACGCGUUCUUUGCUUUGGUUCUCCACCUGAAAGUGCUAUUAUAUUGUUCCCAAUAUGUGUAAUUUCAUUCCAGUUUUGUUAAACAUUUACAGUAGUCCAGACAUUUCCCGUACCAAGAAUGAAGAGCUCUCGUAGAAGCCUUUUUCAUCAUUCACCAAAUGAAUGCUUUAUUUAUACAUGAUAGCAACACAUCACUGCAAUAUUCAGAAAAUAAAGACAUCUGAAGACA